AUGUUUUGGAGAUUUGGCGGGUAUGCCAGUGUUUCUGCGAUUGACAACCUCCUCGAGAAAUCCGAUAUUACCCUCGAAGAACUCCUCGACGAGAGUGAUUUGAUACAAGAGCUGAAGCAGCAUAAUACGAAGCUGAUAGAGUACCUGCGCGAGGAUAAGAUCUUGGAGUGCUUGCUUGAAUACGUUGUAGCCCCAAAGCUAGAGAUUGCUACGGAAGAAGCCUCGGAUGAGACUGAGGGUAAAGGGAAAGAAGCAGAACCAACAGAUACCAAAGUUUCAUUCUCGAGAGCAAGCCCCUCGGAAGACGGCGAAGAUGAGCGAGAGAAGAAGCGCAAUCGAUACGCGUAUGUUGCCGCGGAAAUCCUUUCUUCUGACAACUGGUCAAUAUGUGAGGCUUUGAUGGAGAAUCAGCCUUUGCUGCGCAAAUUCUGGGACUUCCUCAAGCUUCCCCCACCCCUCGAUCCUCUACAAGCCAGUUAUUUUACAAAGGUCAAUGAAGCGCUCCUCGACAAGAAGACCGAGGAGAUGCUGGACCUUUUCAAAUCCCUCGAAGGAGCGGUCAAGAAUAUGCUGCAGCAUGUUGACUCUCCUAUGGUGAUGGAUUUGCUCCUCAAGAUUAUUAGUCUUGAAAAAGUGGAGGGUGGACAAGGCAUCGUUGAUUGGCUCCAUUCCCAAGAUCUGAUGCCAAUCCUCCUAUCGUUUCUAUCUUCUGAGCAUUCAUGGGCGACGCAGACAUCAGCUGGCGACUUCUUGAAAGCCAUAAUUACGAUUUCCGCAAACGCUUCACAAAAUGAGCAGUCCUGCAUUGGACCGAACGAAUUAACGCGCCAACUUGUGUCACAAUCAUGCAUCGAGAAGCUAAUUUCCGAUAUGCUGAAGGGUGGGAAUCCCCUGACAGUGGGUGUUGGCAUUGUGAUCGAAGUCAUUCGGAAGAACAAUUCGGACUAUGACCCAGAUGUUGGUGCGGAAGCGAACUCUGUCCCUUCAAGUCGAGACCCAAUAUACCUGGGAACGCUCCUAAGAAUGUUCGCUCAACGAGUUCCGGAUUUCAUGGAGCUUAUUCUCAGUCCAAAUCAUACGAUUGGCGGAGGUGAUGGUCCCGUGACAAUCAGGAGGAAGGAACUCAGGGCAGCGUUUGGCGGGAAAAUCGAACCGUUGGGCUUUGAUAGAUUCAAGACCUGCGAAUUGAUGGCCGAACUUCUGCACUGCAGUAACAUGGGCCUCUUAAAUGAGGUUGGCAGUGAGGAGUUUGUCAAAACACGAGAUGGUGAGCGCGAACGGCUAAGGGCCGAAGGAAAACUUGGCGUUUCGUCACACCAAACAAACUCGGAUGAUGAUCUAACAAUGAAAUCCUCAACGCAAACGAGACUGGGAUCAUCGCCGGGGAGUUCGAGGAAACUUGAGGUUCAAAAUGCUACUGACGAUGACGGAUUUGAAGAAGUGACCCAUGCAGCUGAUCUGGGAGACGACGCGAAAGACGAUUUUGACGAGAAACCAGAGGCUGAUGAUUUGCUUGCGUCUACAAAAUCUGAAACGCCACUAUCAUUUCUCGACAAGGAUGAUGACGAGUUUGUUGAUGAACCACUGAGUUCUCCGCGACUCAACACGGAGAGAGACUCGCCGGAGUCAGAACUCGAAUCGACAUUGACACCAUUAUCACCAACCGUAGAGCUCGCCCAGGAAGUACAGGCGAUCGGUCUUGAAACGGAUACACAUAUGGUGGAUACCAACAUUGAAGACAGUGAUCGUUCAACCGCAGAAUCUAGCAAGAACUCGCCAGGGUCCUCGGAAGAGUCGACUGAAAGCCCUCCUGCGACAGAAGACAAGUCCACUGAGAAGACACCUGCUGCGGCUGAAGCUGUCCCGCCACCGGAACCUAUGGAUGAAGUUCUGCACCCUGAAGAUAAGCCGGCGCCAUUGUUUGUAAAGAAGGUUGAGUCCCCACAAGACAUCACGGGUCAAGCACCCGAAAACCAACUCACUGGCACGGAAAGCUCGGAUACGACCAUGGGAGAAGCUGGUGAUAGCUCAAACUCGGUCUUGAUGGGCAACACCGAGGAACAUACCCAGCAACCGCUGAUAGAUACCCCAACUGCGCCUGUUGUCGGAGACUUCUUGAAAAUGCAAUUUGUUGAGCAUAAGGUUGUUCCAACAAUUUUAGAUUUCUUUUUCCGAUUUCCUUGGAAUAACUUUCUUCAUAAUGUCGUCUAUGACGUUGUACAACAGGUCUUCAAUGGACCAAUGGAUCGUGGAUACAACCGUUCACUCGCUGUCGAUCUCUUCGAAACUGGAAAUAUCACCAUGCGUAUCGUCGAUGGGCAAAGGAAGAGCGACGAAGCACAAGAGAAGAGCAAGAUGCGCCUGGGUUACAUGGGCCACCUGACUCUUAUUGCAGAGGAAGUCGUUAAGUUUACUGAGCGACAUCCACCAGAGCUACUCGCAGAGUCAGUGAUGGAGAAGGUUAUGAAUAAUGAAUGGAGCACAUAUGUAGAAGUAACAUUAGCGGAAACUCGCGAGCGAGACAACGCUAUCUUGGGUGGGGUAAGACCGGAUAUGUCUGUUGGCCCAAGACAAGCAGUCAUGAAUGCAGUCAACGCUGCCAAUAACUUUGGUGGGGCGUCGUCGGCCUUGACAGAAGCAGGUCUCAAUGGAUCCACCGGACUCGACAGCAUUGAUCUUGCAAACGGGAAUGGCACACCAGGUUUCUCUCUCGGCGGAACAUUGCUUAGCGGAUUUGGAAGCUCCAGCGACGAAGAAGAUGAUGAAAUGGACGAAGACAACGAUGAAGAUGGAUCAAGGAAUAAUAGCGGCGCGGCUGAAGUGGGUCAUUCUGUUCCUCCUGCUCCCAACCUUGACAAAUUCGACGAUGAAGAAGUGGAAUACGAAUAUUUGGAGCAAUUGGAUCGAGAGACCCCUUUGUUUCCUGAAGGCGAAUUCUCACGGUACAUCUCAAAUCCAUCAACCACGACUGCGACUUCCGGAUCUGAAAUGGAGCCCCCGUCUGCUCCCCCACCACCUCCACCGCCCUUGAAUAUCCCCCCUUCAAGAGCACGUCGCCAACUAGCAGCUCGCCUUGCCCUUCACUCAAAACAGAAUGCUGAAAAUGUCGCAGAGAAUGGAGAACUGAGCGAGAAGCAACAUCACAAGAACUUGAAUCCCUUUGCUGCAGACGAGGAUGACGAUUCCGAUAAUGAUGAUGACGGGGAUUUUACCAUCGGUGACUUGGAGGUGGAGGAGGAAGGCAAGGGUCACAUGCCAGCAGGCACUGGACUGGUUGGUAAUGAAGAAACAAUAGUAGCUGAACCGAGCAAAAUCACAGUGGGUAACCCUAGCGAUGAUAUACACACCUUCCCCUCCCACAAGGCGACCAGAGCCAGCUUUCCCUCCAUGUGGCCAUUUGGCAACAACAUUCUCAGUACCAAUUCAAAUUUUACUGGUACUGGCGUCGUCAAGAGCUUCGCUGUCGGAAAUGGCGAAGAGGACGACAGGAGCCAUUUCAGAGGUGCUGACGAGAACUUGCAGAGCUUGGAUGACGAUAGCGACAGCGAUGAGGAUGGGUAUGGAGGGUCUGGGAGAGAGUUUGGGGGUGAUGGACAGGGGAAGAGGAGGCUGAGUGUUACGACGGAGGCGAAGCGGAGGACGAGUCUUGAGGAUGAUGAUGAGGAUGAGGUUGUGCAUGUUGGGAUGGCGGAGGAGGCGGAGCCGAAGACGAGCGAGAAGGAUGAGGGGGAUUUGGUGGAGAUCCAACAUGCGGAGAUGCAGGGGGUGGAAGGCCAGAGUAAGUAA